AUGGAAGGUAAAGCUGAUACAGAGUUUGAUCAAAUAAACGAAUUAUACGAUGAAUGUUUGAAUUAUUUGAAAACAGUCAAAUUUGAUUAUGAUGAAAAUAAGUCAUUAUUAAGUAAAGAAGAUAUCGAUCCUGAUUACGAAACUAUACAAGAUGUUAAGAAAAAAAUUGGAAAUGAUUUACAUGUUAUGGCAGAUUCUAAAAGAGCAAGUGAUACACCUGACCACCAUGAUAUAGACUUUAAAGUUGAAAAUGAGCUAAUUUCAAAUGAAAGCUUAAAUUCUGUGAGAUCUGAGAGACUAAGGCGUCUCUCGCAGCAAUUACCAAAAAUUAUAAUUACGCAGAGCAACACAAGCAUUGAUAUGGAAAAAGAGAAAACAAAUAUUGUAGAAAAUCAUAUUCAACAGAGGGAAUGUGCUAUACAAAGACAUGGACAUAAACGAAUAGAACCGCCACUCCGUUAUAGAGCUUUUUCAGAAAACCCGAAGCGUUUAGUUUCUAAGAGCGGUGUAGAAAAUGUGGCGCUCAUUUCAAAUGUACCUUUUGAAAAGAUUCGCUUACUCAAUGACACUUUUCAUACAUUGAUAAAUCUUCGUUGGCGGUGGAUAGUAAUAGGUACAGUGGUAGUUCACUUUGCAAUUUGGUUAGUGUUCGCUGUUUUCUGGUACAUCAGUGCUCUAGCGCACUAUGACUUUGAGCCUGAGCCACCUCAACGCGCAUGCGUCACUGGCGGCAAAGACUUUGUCACUAUAUUCUUAGCUUCAGUAGAAGCUCAGACAACGAUUGGGUUCGGAGAUCGAGCAAUAGACGAGGAGUGUCCUGAGUCUAUAUUUUUAUUCAUCAUGCAGUUAAUACUGGGCACCGGUCUAUCAGGAGUAUUGACGUGUGUGGUGUAUGCGAAGUUGACUCGACCUGAAAAAAUGUCUCGAUAUGGCGUUGGCUUCAGUAAGAAAGCCGUAAUCUGCAUGCGAGAUGGGAAGUUGUGUCUUAUGAUCCGAGCGUGGGACCUCAACUAUGACCAUAUCAUAAGCUCUGAAUUUACGGCACAUUUCAUAAAUACUCACAGAACAAAAGAAGGUGAAGUAAUACGUUACUACGCACAAUCGCUUCCACUACAGCAACGACAGUUUUUACUAUGGCCGGUCACGUUAGUUCAUGAAAUAAACGCAGCAAGCCCGUUUUAUAGACUCACACCAAAAACCAUUGGUGAAUGUAGUUAUGAAGUAACCAUAAGCUUGAAGGGUGCGUCGGCAUCGAUGGGCACGUUCACGCAGAGUCAAACGUCAUAUUUGCCAAAAGAAGUCGUUUGGGGCCAUCGAUUUCCACCAGUCGUUAAAUAUGACACUCAUAAACAAAAGUAUGUAAUCGACCAUUCAAAGUUAGACACCAUCGAGCCCGUUCACACACCAUUUUGUAGCGCUUAUGAACUCUACAGCACUUCAAGUACUCCGAUAGAGAAGUUCGCUCCUCCGGGCAGCCCUGGUAGCUUCAGUGACAAAGUGUCAAAGUUCCAGAUCGGUAGAACAUCGUCCUUUAGAAGAAAAGAAAGGAAGAAU